CUCGGGUCGGUGUGUCUGACGGAGCGGUGCACGCUCACUGCUGACUUUUAUAUCUCACCAUUUGUUUGUUUUCUGGAUCUAUAAUCGCCGAUUGAUCUUCCAUCACUGCUGCGGGUAUGCCUCUAUAAAGGUGUGUGUGAGAUCGCAGCAUGCAUACGGUCCGGGCAGGGGUGUGGGAACCCCAGCCCCCGUCUAAACAUGUCUCGCCCCUUCCUCCACCACCCUCGUCCAACUUACGCCUUGCCCAUGUGACCACAGCCUCUCCGGCCAAGCGGAUCACCUUCUACAAAAGCGGCGACAGCCAGUUCGGGGGCGUCAGGAUGGCAGUCCACAAGCGCAGCUUCAAAUGCUUUGACGCCCUGCUGGACGACCUUUCCCAAAAGGUGCCCCUGCCAUUUGGCGUGCGGACUGUGACCACUCCCCGCGGCAUCCACGCCAUCAAACACCUGGAGCAGCUCCAGGACGGCGGCUGCUACCUCUGCUCUGACCGUCGCCAGGCUAAGCCAGUCAACAUGGAGCUGUCCAGCAAACGCCCAGGCAUCUGGUACCAUCACAGCCGUAGGCCCCAGCGGCCCGAAACCUCGUCCGCAGCACCGCCUGGCCAUUUGCCUUACAGGCAGCGACGGAUCCUGCUGGUGAAGAACAGCGAACCUGGGAUGAGGAGGAGCGUGGUGCUGAGCAGGAGGUCGACCCGGAGCCUGCGGGCCUUUCUUGAUGAGGUGUCCGAGGUGAUGCAGUUUCACGUACGCAAGCUGUACACUGCAGAGGGACGCAGGAUUGACAGCGUGCAAAGCCUGGUGGCUUGUCCUGGUGUGUUGGUGUGUGUCGGCCGGGAAGCCUUCAGCCCAUUGCUGGUAAACUUCAUCAGCAAGAGCUCAGAGGAAAAACUGCCUGGUCUGAGCAGCCGGUCCCCAGGCCUUGGCCCCAGGACUCCUGGAAACGGGGCCCGAUCUCCUGCUGUUCAAGGACCAAGAUCCCCACCUCACGGAGCUCAGUCCAGAGCCAGCGAAUACAAUGAAGGGCAUGAAAGCAAGAAAAAUGUUAACUUUGGUCUAGAAACCAAAAAAAGCAUCAUCCACCCUCGUUCAGAUUCCUCAAACCGCUCCACCCGUUUCUCCUUGUCUUCAGAGAAGUCAUACGGCAAUGGUGUCAGCACCUACUCCCAGGCCAGGCCGGCUAUUAUGAACGAGGACAUUGAAAAGCGUGUCCUGGUCAAUAAAGAUGGCAGCCUCUCAGUAGAGAUGAGGGUGCGUUUUCGCCUACAAAAUGACGAGACCCUCCAGUGGUCUACCCAAAUCAAAAAAUCCCCAUCACUGACCAAUGAAUGUUGCCCCCUGAGCCAGGCUCAGCCCAGUUACCUGCAGCAGGGUCAGUCAGAGAGCUGCUCUGACCCUGAUUCCACAUCCUUUGACCCUGAGUGUGUGGAUUAUUCCAACCAACCGCUGCAGUGUUCAUUGGAGGGGAACAGCUGCCCCUGCUGCUACCAGAGACAGGAACAGAAGUAUGACUUGUGGGAAAACCCAGUACACAGCUACAAACGCCCUCCUGUCCCUCCCCCACGUGCACCCAGCCACACCCACACUAUGACGAGACACACACACUCAUCAAGCUCAUCUUCAUCAUGUAAUUCGAGGAGGGUGGUGCGCUGUCGAGCACAGCUCUCCAGCUGCAGAGGGGGCUCAGGUUCAGAGCAGAGCCAACUUGUCCAAGAAGAGAUGUGUGUGACACAGCAGGUUGAGCGCAGGGUAGAGGUGGAGCAGGAUGGAGACACCCACGUAGAGGUGUGCAAGGUGAGCCGAUGCUGCAGCCGCAACCUACGACCACUUAGCCGGAAGUCAGUGGAGGAUGAGCUACUGAUGGAAGAACAGGGGGAGCGUCCUUUUUCUACAGUCAGCAGCUCCUCACGUGUCCUGCAAUCGCUGAAGGAGGACCUGGAUGAUGACCUGCCCCCCAGCGCCUCACAGUGCUGCCAUAGCAAUGAACCAUCCCCGUCCCCAUCCUUCGUGACAGACCUGAAUGACGAACCAGCGAGCAGCGUCUUGGCAGGUUCCAUCCACUCUACCGACCACAAGGAGGGGGAAGAGAGAGGAAGCAGGGCGGAAUCUGCAGCCUCUUCCUGUCACUGUGGAGCAGCUGAAGCAGAGGAGAUGGAUCAGGCUUCCAGCUCCAUGUCUAAAAGGAGCAGGUUAUCUUGCAGGUCCAGCAAAGCCAAGAUCCCAAACUCAGAGGAAGAGGCAGUUGCAGAUGAUGAGGACGAAGAGCUAAAGAGGGUUGCAAGUGGCUUGUCUGGUCACACAGGACUUUCUGCAGGCUCUCUGCAGUCAGGGCCAUCCAGUGUAUGUCCUAACUGUGGAGGCUGCAAACGUCCGGUCGACUCUGUGUCCAAUAGCAGAGCAUCACAGAGGGCUCCUAGCGCCGCCUCAGCCACAAGCCACAGGUCCAAUAGAUCACACAAGUCUGGCUGUAAUGAGGAGGAGAGGAGCCCCAGUGCCAUUUCGGCUCAGUCCAACCUGUCUGCCAAGUCAAGGAAGUCUCACAAGUCCAAGUGCAGCAGCAGAGCUGAAGUCAGGACAAGACAGGAAGCAGAGGGAGAGAAUGCUGUAGAGAGAGCACUUAGCUCCUUGUCAGCCAAAUCUGAUGCGUCGGUGAAGUUAAAGGAUGACACAAACCAAAGAACUCCCAGCGCCCUCUCUGUUAAGUCUAAUGCUUCUGUCAAACCUGACAAGGCAGAAAGACCUGAUAGUGUCCUGUCUGCUAAAUCAGCUAAAUCAACUCAAUCGAAUGUGUCAGCAAAGUCCGGCACAUCUCGCAGGUCCACUUGCAGUCAUUGUGUAAGAGCAGUAUCUCCAGGUGCUAAGGCAGCAGGUGAACCCGUUAUCGAAGCAACAGGACUGGAAGAAGGAACGCAGGCAGAGGCGAGAACAGCGAGUGCUAUGUCAGCCAAGUCCAAUCUAUCUGCCAAGUCUCAUAAAUCCCAUAAGUCCACCAAAGCUGCAGAAAGGUCACUUUCUCCCAGGUUGGAAACUGGAGGAGAUGGAGAAGAAAGGACAGCGAGUCAAAUGUCAGUUAAAUCUAACUUGUCUGUUAAGUUUUCAAAGUCAUGCAAGUCUAACUGUCAUGUCAAUGAAACUGCAGAAUCUCCAAUAUUAGGGGGAGCUGAAGUAAAAGAAAAUGAGAUGGCAGAAGAGGAAACACAGCAGAGGCCAGAAAGUGUAACGUCUACUAAAUUGGAAAAUAAAGAGAGGGCAGCCAGUGCAGGGUCCUCUAAAUCUCAUAAAUCCGCCUGUAAUGAGAGCGCAGGAGCAAGUUCUGAGACAGAAGACAAUACAGGAGGCGGUAAAAAGGCUGAAGACCGGGCUGCUAGCGCUUUAUCCGGUAAAUCAGCUUCCUCUGCAAAGUCGUCACCAAGUCCAAAUGCUAUCACCAUUAAAACAUCAGAAGGGGUCGAUGAGGAAGAAAAUGAGACAACAGUGAGGGCACCGAGUGCUGCAUCAGCAAAGUCAGGGAAAUCUAAAGUUUCAUCUGCUUCAUCCAAUCAUAACAAAACAGCUGAUAUUGCUGUUAUUGAAACAGUAGAUGCAGAUGAAAAGGUUGAGGAAGACAACGCACCAAGAAGUAAAUCUUCUGAACAAUCUUGUGGCCAAAUGCUUGCACGCAAGAGCACGCGUUCUCCACGGACCCAUUCACCCAAAGCUCCAGCUGUAUCCCCCAGCGGUGCCUUGUCAGUUCACUCUACAACCCCUGCUAAAUCUGGCAGAUUGAAAUGCUGCUGCGGAGCAGCUUCAGCACUUGAAAGGGCAAAAAAGGAAAAGGAGGGUGAGGAUAAGGAGGUGGAGAAAAAGGAAGAUAACGACGAGCUGAAAAGUGAGGAGGCUUCAGAGCGGCCUGCCAGCAUCCUGUCGUCCUCAACCAAAAGACACAGGAGAGAAUCAGGAGGCACGGAGCAACCGCUAAGUCGAAAUUCAUCGGGGUCAGUCUCUCUGGGGUUGCCAGAUGACCAAGAAACACCUGACUCAGACAGUGGCAAGUCUGGUGUUUCGUUUCACAUAAACACUGACCGUAGGAGCAGAGUGAAUGUAGCAAAUCUUGAUGUCCCCAAAAACAUAGAGCAGUCCGCUAUGGAUGAAGACGAGGAGGGAACAGGGUCCAACUGUAAUGGAAGUAAAAGCACUUUAUCUCAAAAUCCUCCAGCCAUUGAUAUCCCUACUAUUGAAACCACAGCAGGGAGUGAGGAUAAAAGUGAAGAAGGUGGAGAACUAAAAACAGAAAGAACGGCCAGUACAUUUUCAGCCAAAAGCAGCAGGUCUCACAAGUCUUCUUGUAACUGCAGUGUCAAAGCAGCAGCUCAGCUGCUCGACAAUAAGUCCAAAGAACAACAUACUAGUGCUAGCUCGACAAAAGCUAGUAAUCUGGACGCCCCGGUCAACAGGACCUCAUCUGCUGCCAGAAGACCAGCUAGUAAGGCCAAAGGGAAAGAUGAUAUUGCAGACAACAAGGUAGACAGUGUCCUCUCCAAGAGUCCCUGUUGUCUCAAGCCUGAGUCGGCAGCUUCGGCUCACUCAGGCUCAAAGGAGAGCAAAGGCGGGAAGGCCAAAUCCAGUGGUAGUCUCAAGACAUCCAAUUCUCAAAAGAAAGAAACGCCUAUCAAAUCCCCAAGCCCCUGUUCUUUACACAGCUCCAGACCAGGUAGCAAAGUGGAAACGGACAGUCAGAGCACCCUGUUUCACUCCCUGUCCGCUGCUGACCUGCUGAAGGAAACCAUGGCUGCUGCGCGUCCACCCAGCCAACAUACGACGGCCAGCAAAACCAGCGACAAGCCAAGGAGCGAGAAAAGUGGGAGGCAUCAGAGGAGGAACAGGAACCAGGCGGAUCUGGAGGAGGUGCUGGACUUGACACCUGCCUUUCUGCCCAACGCUUCCCCCAAUGAGGUGGUCAGUGACUGGCUGCGGAGCAUUCCCACUGACAGCAGCAUGCUCGCACUUGGUGAUGAGCUGAAUGACGAAGAGGAGGGGCAGGAGAAGGUGGGGGAGGAGAGACAUGUUGAUGAGGGGAACGAGGAAGGGGUGGAGCAGGAGGGGGUGGUGGAAGACAAACUUGGUGAGGAGCUGAACGAGGAAGAGGUGGAGCAGGAGGGGGAAGAAGAGAAAGAGGAGCAAGCUGAAUGUGAUGCAGCAGAGGAGGAGAAGAGUUCAGAUCCAGCUCUGGUUAAGGCAGUGGGGGCUUCUUCCCGCACCAGCGCUCUGUUGUUGAGCGGCGAGUCUCUGCCCAGGAACUGGCAGUCUUCAGCUGCGGUGAUGAAAGUUCUUCUGAGCUCUUCUCUGGGUCGAUGUCAGAGCAUGCCUGAGGUGUCUCCAGUUUAUGGUCGUAGACUGAGCACAUCAGCUAGGGGGCUCCUGGACUGUUUGGCCCAGCUCCAGCUCAUUGACCCUGCAGUGAGCCCAUGCUGUGAGCAGCAGAAGGACCGCAACCAGCAGUAUGAGGACAUUAUGACCAUCCUUCAAUCCCUCUGGCUCACUGAACCCAAGGACAUUGAGGCCACUGAGGUCAAGGAUAUUGGCAAAGAUCAGGUGACUCCACCGAGGUCCUCAUCUGGGGUGGAUAUGAGCACUGGCUCCGGCGGAUCAGGGAAGGAGGAUGGAAAUAAAGGUGGAGAUGAGACGACGCAAAACAAAACAAAAGAGACAGACUCUUUACAUGAGGAUGAGGGGGCGGAGAAGGUUGUGGAAAAGGAGGAGGAAGGAAAUGCAGAGGCACAACACAAGGAAACUAAGUCAGAACCAGAGGAGAUAUCGACAGAACAAGCUAAGACAGACAUAGCAGAGGAGCUGGUACAGAGUGAAGAACAAAGUACAGUCCCUCCAAGUCUGGACAGCCCAAAAGCCUCUGACAAUCCCUCAUCAUCAGACAAGAGCUCUGCUAAUGACAGCUCGAAAUCCCCCACUGAUAACGAGACGCUGGAGGACUCCAGCUCAGGCACGCCCCCGACUGUCCUGCGAGCACCUUUGUCAAAAAGACCAUCCCAAGACCCUGAUCCGAGGUGGGUCCUGCACCUCCUGAAAAAGCUGGAGAAACAGUUCAUGAACCACUACAUUAACGCCAUGGCGGAGUUCAAAGUUCGUUGGGACCUGGACGACAGCCUCAUCCUGGACACCAUGAUAUCUGAGCUGAGGGAAGAGGUGAGCCGUCGCAUCCAGAGCAGCAUUGAACGCGAGAUGAGGAAGAUUCAGGGUCGUGCCGGCAGAGGUGGCAGGUCGCCCCGGCCGCCGCAAGGUGGGAACCUCUCCAGGGAGUCCACCAUGACAGACAGAAGGCGUCAAAUGUUGAAGAUCAUGAAGAAUCAGUCGGUGAAAACUGGAGACUCCCUCAGCGAUGGUGAGAUGACGGGUGAGUUCAGCGACCAGCGAAGCGAUGAUGAGUAUUGCCCCUGUGACGCUUGUGUCCGCAAGAAAAUGGCCGCCCGGCCGCUCAAAACAAACCCGAUGGCAGCCGAGGCACCGGUGAUGAUGGAGUUCGACCUCCUGAAGAUACUGCAGCUAAAGAAAAGCCCAUCACCUGUGCCUGCAGCCGUGCCACAACCUGCAAAGGGGGAAGAUGAUACCGUGGUUGUAGAUGAGCAGGGGAGGAGUUUAGAGGUUUUGCAGGAGGAAGAGGAGGAGGAUGAACCUAAAGAGGAUAUCAAAGCUGAUGAAAUAGGAGAAGAAGUAGAAGGGGGAGAGGCAGGAGAAGAGGAGGAAGUAGGAGCAGAAAAUGAGGGAAAUAGGUUGGGCGAUGAGGAGCAGGAAGAGGAAGAAGCAGGUGGUGAGGAAGCUGAGGUGGUAGAGACAUCCGAAAAUGGAGAGAAGGAGGGAGAGGAGGAGACGGAAUGCCAGUGCCAGUGUGCCAGACAUGAGGAGGAGAGCGACAAAGCAGAAGAGUCAGAGGAGGGAACAGCAGAAGGAGAGGAUGCUGCAGAAACUAGCGACAAGACAGGUGAGGAUGAGACAGCAGAGGAUGAAGAGAGAGCAGGGGAGGAAGAGGGAGAGAACGCAGAGGAUGAAGGGGAGACAGGGGACAAUGAUGGAGAGGAGGAGUGUGCAGAGGUGGAAGAGUUUGAGGAAGAAGAAGAAACGACAGGCAGGGAAAGCGGAGAAGAAGAGGCAACUGGGGAAACGGAGGACGACGAAGGGGACGACGGCACUGGGGAGGGGGAGUCCCAUGAAGACGAAAAGGGAGGAGAGAGUGAAGAGCCGCAAGGGGAGGCAUCAGAGGAAGAAAGAGCCUCACUACAGGGGCAGGGGGUGACAGAGGGAGAGGAGGCCGAUGCCGAAGACUCAGACACUGACAAACGUCCAAGUGACACCAGUGCGGACGAAUCUGGACGUGAGGGGGCUGGAGCCACAGGAGACGAGGAGGAGAAACAGGGCGCAGGAGAUGGAGAUGAGGUUGUGGAAGAUGCUGUUGGAGAGUUCAAGCCUGAGGAAGAGGAGGAGGGAGCGGUUAAGAGAAACAGCAGGGAGGAUGGCGCUCUCCUCCAUCAGUUCACCAGGACCUCGGUGGAGUCCCAGCCCGGCUCCUUGGAGGAAAUUAACACAGAUUCACCUCAAAACCCUGUAAACUCCACAGAAGUGCCCAAAAUAGCUGCUGAUGUAUCCACUGGUGGUGGUACGGGCCAGAGGAGGAGCCGGUCGCCGGCCAGGGUCAAACGGCGCAAACCCAGAGAGUGACGUGGAACUGGAUCACUCUUAACUCGCACAGAAACAAAACCUUAUGAUGCACAGACUUCAGAAGGUUCCCAUAAACCCUUGCUCUGUCUGUGACUACACGGGUAGAUUUAUGUAGGUUAAAAAAAGCUGUUAUUGAAAACAAAGACUCAAACACUUGAAGCACUUUAUCACUCCAGAUCCAGUGUAGGAGGAGUCACAGUGAAUAACAUGUAGAAACUUGAAACCACAUCCUUAUCCUACUUAAUUAUAUGAAUUAUAUUUGUAAUGGUUAUUUAUAUAUUUUUUAAGUUAAUUGUAUGAAUGACGAUAUAUGACUAUUUCUGUACUGUAUGUGUAUGAAUCAGGUAUAUUUUUGAAAACAAAACAACUGACACCUAUGAGUGUAUUAUGUAAACUCAGUUUUGUGUUCAGUGGACCACAGGUUUAAUGAUGUAUUGAAUCAUAGAGCCAUUAAGUUAACAAGUACCUCAGAGAUAUGUUAGAUGUUAAUUGACUGUUCCAGUAGUGUUCGCCAGAACCGGUGUGUUGAUACUUGGUUUAUGUAUUAGGUCAAUUCUCAAUAAGUUGAUGCUGUAUUCUCAGGGGUUUGGACAGCCACUUUGCUCUUGAAAGAUAAUCUCCUAGCCGUUACUUAACUACCUACUUAAAUCUGUAGUCUGUAAAGAAGACCUCUGUUUAUAAUUGUACUCGAGCUCUGUGAUGUAACCUGAUUAACUUAAAGGAAUAGUUCAACAUUUUUGGUUUCUUUUCGAAGAGUUAGGUGAGAAGAUUGAUGCCUCUCUCUGCACCCUUAAUUUGAAGCUGAAGCCAGGCGACACUGUGCAUAGCUUAUUUUAGCUCAAAGACUAAAAGCAGGAGGAAAAAAACUAGCCUGGCCAUGUCCAAAGGUCCAAAUGUAAUUAAAUCUCUACCUCUACCAACACCUUUAAAGCUCACUAAUUAAUAUGUUGGAUCUGGUUUGUUUGAUUUGUACAAAAACACAAAAUGUAAAAAUGAGUUGUGGUGUAUGGAGAGUUAUGUGAUAGGCUAUAUCUUAGUCAUUUUCGAGAUAUUGCCAGGCCAGAUACAAGGUAUUAAUUUAUUAACUUUAAGUUGUAUAGUUAUUUAACCUCUGGACAGGCCCAUUCCCAUUAUUUAUGUCAGCUAAGCAUAGCUAAUCGACUCCUGGCUGUAGCUUCAUUUUUAGCAUAUAGAGAUAUCUAAGACGAGAUUGAUCUCACUCGCUGCAAGAAAGUGAAUUACCAUAUUUCCCAAAAUGUUGAGCCAUUCAUUUAAGUACCUUUUGGAUUACUUUCUACUUCAAAUUACAAACAGUAUUUUUGUAGCUUUAUUGUAUUAUGUUUAAACUUUUGAAUAGGUUUUCCCUUUAAAACAUGCUGAUGAACUCUUACCUGUUGUACUAUAUUUAGUAUAUACCAUAUAAAUAUUUAUUUGUUUAGUCCAAUUUACUUUACAUGCAUUUCCUUCCCAGGAAUCCAUUUAAAAAACUUGCACACCAGGGCACUAUGUGACACUGAGCAUAUCUGUGUGUAUCUACAGUAAAUGCCAGGAGGCAAAUGUCUGAAUUUGAUGUAAACCUUUUUCUGCAGCUUAUCUUAGGGGUGUGUUACAUGCUGUAGAUUCUGGUGGGGUUUGCAUGACCAGCCAUGUGGAACAACAGCGUGAAGCGUGUUACUGAUGCCUUACUGUAUCUAUGGUUAUAUGAAGGUAGAUCACAAACAGAGGAGUGAGAGGUGGCUGUCUUUUGUUUCCUGACAUCUCUCUCUGUGAGUGGCUCUACAGCAGAGUCAGAAAGCCUGUUAAAGAGACUGGAAUGGAUCAAAGCUGCUCUUUAAAAUGCUGGAAAAUAUACUACAUAAGACCCCGUAAGAGUAUUUUAUCUCAUUUAACCCUGAACCAAGGUGAGUGAGCUCAGCUCCAGAUUUAUUCCCUAACAGUACUUUUAGAGCAGAGAUGUUCUGCAAACGGUCAGUGUGUGUUCGUGCAUGAAUGAGGCAAAAUGUGUAUCCCUUAUUGCUUUGUUUGACAAAAAAACUACUGUUUGUGGGACCUAAAGGGUGUGUGUGUAUGUGUGCCUAUGCUGCUAUUGGUCUCUUUGGCUGUCCAUCAGUCUGUGGCAUCAACAAGUGAACACAGUGUGUACCUAGAGCAAAUGGAUAAAUGAA